AUGCUGGACCCCACCGACAGCGUCGUGCAGAUGCGGCCCCUGGACGAGGGCGCGGACAGGGGACCGGUCGGACCGGGAGCGGCGAGGGCCCUGGUUAAAACAAAGGAGGGCUACUGGCGCAGGGACCGCUUCAUUCCCAUGUCCCGGUGGCGCACCGGCGCCUUCUUCCUCUCCCUUCUCCUGUGCCUCGCAGUCAUAUUUUCUUUCUCCUUCAUGGUGCCCUGUCCUGCCCCAGACCUCUCCCUGCGCUCGUGGAACCGAACCUUCCAGGAGGCAGCAACGUACGAGUUCCUGGCUCUGGGAGACGCCAACGGAGACGGCGUCCUGGACGUGCUUUUUGUCCUCAAGGGGGCUGAGGGCCGUCUCAACACUUCAUGCGUCAACGCAAGUUUGGGAACCCCAUGUGUGUUUGUGUCGGCCUUGACCGGGACGAACGGAGACUCCCUGUGGGAGCGUCCCCUGGCCCCGGAGCUCCACUGGGCGCAGUGCGGUCUGCCCACGUUUGGGGACUCGAACACAGGCUGCCUGCUAUCCCACGCCGACCGCAUUACCGCAAUCCAGCAGCACAGCGGAGAGGUCAUAUGGGAACAGCCUCAGCCGCCCGACCUGAACAGCAGGCCGCCGGCUCUGAAAAUUCCGGACCUGAAUGGGGAUGGAGUGAAUGACCUGGUCCUAAUUGGGCAAAGCCCGGUUCAGACCAAGCUGGUGAUUCUGUCUGGAAGGAGCGGCGAUCGGAUCGGAUCGGAGGUGGUUCUGGACUCGGCGGAGGUGUUCAGACACCUACUGCACACCACAGCAAAGGGCUCUCACUACGUGCUCUUUCACAAGGUAGACUGCGGGCUCUACGCCCAAGCCCUGUGGAGGAUCGCAGCCCAGGCCCUGGAGGGCAGUGAGGCUGGACUGGUGAAAGACCCCAUGUGGGAGGAGAAGACCAGCGCCACCUCUGGCCAGGUGCAGCUCUACAAGUCCGACUCGCUGCGGCACGUGGUCGCUGUGGAGAGGGGGAGCAGGAGCCCCCACCUGCUGCUGGUGAGCGAGGGCGCCGUGGAGCUCAUGCACGGGGACCGCCUGCAGCCGCUCUGGAAAGUCAACACCUCCGGGGUCCUGAGCGAGCCCACGUUGGGACACUACAAUAAGGACGGCGUCCCCGAUGUCAUCAUAGAGGAGGACAUGGGCAACUGCACGAAAAAAGUCAAGAUCCUGGACGGCACCUCAGGUCGAGUGCUAUGGGAGGUGAGCUUACGGUUCCGACCCGAGACGCCCCGGCCCACCGCUGUCAGCAUUGCCAAAUCGUACUCGGUGUUCGUGUUCUGGGGGGACUGGCUGUCGCAGACCAACUCCUCGGAUUCGGAGAAAGAGCAGUUCUCUUACAUGCUCCACCCACAUUAUUCCAACGUUCUUCUGGAGAAGAGCACCGUCGCAGACGACAUUAUAGCAUUUAAAGUGGCUUUGAUGGAGAUGGGACGCCACGCCUCCUACGUAAUGCUGACGGGACCCGUGGGGGUGGGCGCCCGGGGCUCGGUGACGCUGACCAAGCGCCAGCUCAAAGAAGACAUCCCAGAGAGCCGUGUCCUCCGGCUCGGGGAGCUCGCCAGCGAAGAGACCGACCAGGAGAUCAAGGAAGCUUUCAUCAGACUGCACAUGAGGAAGGACACUUGAGCAAGCGCUGGACCGGGAACGCUUGCUUAGCGCUCCCUCCCCAUCAGGAGGUCUUUCUUUACAGCCGCUGCAUACGUUCCACUCCUGAGGUUGUCGUU